GCAGUGGCACAACCUACCCCUGUUCCACUACCCCCAUCCACUCAGACAGACUCCACUGAGACAGCACAACAAACAUCCACCCCAACCCAGGAAGCCCAGCAAGAGGAUCAGAGCACCCUGACCAACCAACCAGAAGACAUCCAAAUGUCUGACUAUGAAGACAACUCCCAGAAACCCCUCUAUGAUAAAGGUAGCCCUUUCCUGGUAGAAGGGACCCCUGAUACUGAAGAUACAGACACAAAUGCUAACACUAAAUCCCAAGCUGGCACAUCGCAUCUUGGAAAAAGGCCAUAUGAAAGCUCCCCGCAAAGUUCCCAAAGCCAAUCAAGACUCUCUA